UCUCUAUCCGCCGCCGUCUCUGUGGUCGCCGGGGCCCCGCCCCUCCCUGGGUCUGUCCCCAGCCUCAUCGGACUCUGCCCGCGCUGGACCCCGGGCGCGUUGGUCGGAAUUCGGGUUAUGGCAGUCCCAAGGCCCGCGCCCAGAACUGGCGCCAGGGCCAAGUUAGAUCUGCAGCUUGUCCAGCGGUUCCUGAGGAUACAGAAGGUCUUGUUUCCUUCUUGGUCAUCACAGAAUGUCUUGAUGUUCCUGACUCUCUUGUGUGUGGCCCUGCUGGAACAAUUGGUGAUCUACCAGGUUGGCUUGAUCCCCAGUCAGUACUAUGGUGUCCUGGGAAGUAAAGACUUGGAUGGGUUUAAGGCGCUGACAUUCCUGGCUGUCAUGCUCAUCGUCCUCAAUUCCACACUGAAGAGCUUUGACCAGUUCAUCUCCAGCCUGCUGUACGUGAGCUGGAGGAAGGACCUCACCGAGCACCUGCACCGCCUCUACUUCCGGGCCCGUGUGUACUACACCCUCAAUGUGCUGCGGGAUGACAUCGACAACCCGGACCAGCGCAUCAGCCAGGAUGUGGAGCGGCUCUGCAGGCAGCUCAGCAGCAUGGCCAGCAAGCUGAUCAUCUCCCCCUUCACCCUCAUGUACUACACUUUCCAGUGCUUCCAGAGCACAGGCUGGCUUGGGCCUGUGAGCAUCUUUGGGUAUUUCAUCCUGGGAACCGUGGUGAACAGGACUUUGAUGGGGCCCAUCGUGGCAAAGCUGGUGCAGCAGGAAAAGCUGGAGGGAGAUUUCAGGUUCAAGCACAUGCAGAUUCGGGUGAAUGCGGAGGCUGCUGCUUUCUACAGAGCCGGGCCUGUGGAACACAUGAGGACAGACCGCAGGCUUCAGAGACUCCUUCAGACCCAGAGGGAGCUGAUGUCCAAGGAGCUCUGGCUGUACAUUGGUGUCAACACCUUUGACUACAUGGGCAGCAUCCUGAGUUACGUUGUCAUCGCAAUCCCCAUUUUCAGCGGGGUCUAUGGAGACUUGAGCCCCGCUGAACUUAGCACCCUGGUCAGCAAGAAUGCAUUCGUGUGCAUCUACCUCAUCAGCUGUUUCAGCAAGCUCAUCGACCUCUCCACCACGCUCUCAGACGUGGCCAGUUACACGCACAGCAGGAUUGGGGAGCUGCAGGAGGCCCUGCUGGACAUGUUCCUGACGUCGCAGGACUGCGAGAGCGAGCAGGGCUUGGACAGGGCCCCACAGUGGCCAGCGCCCGAGGCCACAGACACAGCUUUUCUCCUGGAGCGGGUCUGCAUCUCAGCCCCCUCCUCUGACAAACCCCUGGUCAAGGACCUGAGCCUGAAGAUCUGUGAGGGGCAGAGUCUGCUCAUCACUGGCAACACGGGCACCGGCAAGACCUCCUUGCUGCGGGCUUUGGGUGGCCUCUGGGCCAGCACCCGGGGCUCCGUGCAGAUGCUGACCGACUUUGGGCCCCAUGGGGUGCUGUUCCUGCCACAAAAGCCAUUCUUCACUGACGGGACCCUCCGGGAGCAGGUGAUCUAUCCCCUAAAGGAGAUCUACCCAGACUCAGGUUCUACUGAUGAUGAAAGGAUCCUGAGGUUCUUGGAAUUGGCAGGCCUGUCCAGCUUGGUGGUGAGGACAGAGGGUCUGGACCAGCAGGUGGAUUGGAACUGGUAUGAUGUCCUGUCCCCGGGGGAGAUGCAAAGGCUCUCGUUUGCUCGACUCUUCUACCUGCAGCCAAAGUAUGCAGUGCUUGAUGAAGCCACCAGCGCCUUGACAGAGGAGGUUGAGAGUGAGCUCUACCGCAUCGGCCAGCAGCUAGGGAUGACAUUCGUCAGCGUGGGACAUCGGCCCAGCCUGGAGAAGUUCCACUCCUGGGUUCUGAAACUCUGUGGAGGAGGAAGAUGGGAGCUGACUAGAAUCAAAGUGGAAUAAAGCAAGGAUGUGAAUGGAGCUGAGCCCAGGACAGAACAUCUGUCCCCGGGGAGACCAGCAGGACUCAUGGGCAAGACAGACCCACGGCCACCUCACAGGGCCUGCAUGAACCCAGGCAGUCGCAGGGCACCCCAGGAGUGGCCCACAGGUGACACUGAGAUCUGCCGAGGGCUGCCCUGCGGCCUCAGCCAGGGCCUCCACAUGCCAGAAGUGCUGAUUACUUACAAACUACUUAAGAUUGUAUUUGUUGAAGAAAAAUCCAAACCUGUGCAAGUUCUAGGAAAUGAAGGGUCAGGGUAGGAAGGAUAUCGACCUGGAGUCAAGAGAACCAGUGAAGUAUUGCUACAAUAGAUUUUUAACUCUAAUUAACUGGCCAUUUAAUUUUAUAACUUUUUUUUAAAAAGAAAAGUUAAACAUUAAAAAAAAAAAAAAGGUUUUGUACCUUUUGCUCUUUCCCUGCCUCCCCUACCCAUAGAAUGAUCUUUUUAUUGACACUCAGACUUGGCUCUGAGAGGGAAGGGAGCCCUGCUCAGCAGGCCCAGCACCUGCUGACCAUGGCUUUCACCCAGUGUCCCACUCCACUGGAUCGCUUAACCUUCAGGGCCCUCCUGUCUUUGUUUUCUUAACCCAGAUGAAAACAAAUCCCUUUUCCCUUGCCAGCUAAAACAAGAUUGGGAUUAAAAAAAAAAAAAAA